AUACACUGAACCUUCAGAACGGACGGAGUGGUCGUACAGCUUCAAGCUCGAUCAUGGACGGUUUUCCAGAGAAAAAGGAACAACACAAUAACAAGGGAACUCUAGUCAACGGUUAUGUCGAAGAUAACUCUGAAGGAGGAAAACCUGCUUCAAGAAAACGAACCAUUAUGUGGAUCACUGCCAUCUUUGCGGUUAUAGCACUUGUGGUUGGUGGAGCCAUACUCACAGCAACUUUGUUGAAUCGGAAAGAGCAAGUUACUGAGCGUUUAGUGGAAGUCAACUUGGAACCAGGUGAAACUUUGUUGUAUCAAGUUGAGCAAGUCCUUGAAGUACGAAGUGGAGAGCUUCAGAGAGGGACACUAAGUACCAUCGUUGCUCUUCAAGUAAUAAACAAGACAUCAGAGGAGUAUUGGUUUGUUUUUAAGAUCAUCAGUAUUGAUGCUGAAGGAGAAAACUUGGAAAAAAUCGGUAACGUGACCCGAGGAAGAUCGUUAUAUUUUUUGGUUAGGGUUGAGCGCACUUCAAGGUCUGAAGUAAAGAAAACGUCAAAAUCCACCGAAGAAGAUGAGUCCUUUGAAUUAUACGGAAAUCCAGAGUCCGACGAGGGGUUAACACGCUAUGCCCGAGCCAUACUUACCCAGCUUCUCCCAACUGUUGAGCGCAACCUUUACGAACGUGUAGACGGACAGAAACCAGACCCAAAUUCCGAGCCAAAACCUGAAAAAUCUUCCAUGUUUCCCGGAAUUGUGAAGAUGCACAGAGAAGCAAACACAUCGCAAAAUGACAAACUUUUUAUUAAAAACAAAUUCAAUCGGUCGGAUGUCACCAAUAUGACAUCUGACAUCGACUUGGACUUGUUAUAUGCUGAUUCAUCAGUUCUUAACAAGAGCAACGGCGUGGUAACAAAAGGUGAAGUCCAUUUAAAUGAACAACUAAAUUUCGGAGAGCCAGUUCAGUUUAAGAAAGGAUUCACAGCCGACAUGAUGAAAGUUUCUUUCACGAGUAAGGUUACUCUUCUUGAUGAUGAGAAGUACCGGAAAAGCUAUCUUGAAGACGAGGAACUAGCAGAUGUUAAUGUUCGUGAUUUCGUCAAACUCGUUGCACCAAAAUCUGACCAAAAUUUCAGGGUGAAAACCUCUGAGAGAGAGGCUCUGAAUGAGCCUUCGGUUGAUUCAAAGGAAAUGAACAGCACGUCCGCUGACGAUGAGCGAGAGACAAACUUAACAACAGCAGCGCACGACUCAAGACACCAGCGAAGUCGCAGACAAAACUUUGUUCAAAAAUUCCUUAAUGCUCCUCGAAAGAUUUCGUUCACACUCUUUAAGAAAAAAAUUAUAGGCAUAGAUAUGAAAGUGGAGACCACUGUUCGAAUUGAAUCAAUUAAAAAGCUAGUCAACCUUAAGCUUGACAAGACCGAGUUGUAUUUAACUCUGCAUUUGGGAGCCAGUGUAACAGCGCCACUUCUCCGAGAAUCUAUUGACACCACUAAGAAAGAAACAAAGAAGAUAAAUGGACUAAACGUCGAAGUUAGCCACAGUAUUCCGAUAUUUUGGGUCGUCAGUCUUGAUGUGGAUUUUAUUCUUAAGCCAUCUUUUAGCAUCUCAGUGGACCCAGGCUCACUCUCACCAUCCCAGUUGAACGUAAUGGUAACGCCCUAUGCAUCAGUAACAGCCACUUUGCAAGGAUCUGUAUCCGUAUGGCUUAUAAGGGCUGGGGUAUACGGCGACGGACACUUGAUAAGCGGAAGUCUUCCAAUCAGCGUGUCGUAUGAUGAAAAUCGCCCUUCCUACAGGGAUAUCUGCGUAGAUGUUUCAGCUGACUUACGGAUCCUUGAACUGGAAGCCGGUGUCUUCUACCAAUGGAAGUCAUGUUGGUGGGACUGGUGGAGGCUUAGAUGCAAGUGGGGUACUCGACGCACCUUGCACAGUUUUGGCCGAUGGUCUGCCUUCAGUUUGAGGCAAAAUAUGAUUAAUGAAUGUUUCUGAUAACACUUUCCGAGGCGGUCCGAGUGUUGUGAACUGUUUAGUUUUUAAAGAACUUUUUAAUUGAGUGUCGAAAAUAAUCCGAGAAUGCAUUAGUUUUGCCUUACUUUGCUCUAUGAAUGGUCUAAAAAACUCCGCCACUCCUUCACUGGCGAUCUGAUGCAUAACUUACAUCUAUCACGACUCGCGGUCACCCACGUUUUCCCGCGCUUUUAGGUGGGCUGCUUGUUUUUACUUUGAGUUUUGUUAGCUCUUCAGGGUGUUUUUAUUUGUUCUGAUUGGCUUGUGUAAUUAUUGAGUUGUUUUGGCUUUACGACACUUAAUCUAAAAGUGCUUUAAAUAAGAUUUAGUAUUUUCCAGUGUGUUUUUAGAGGUUUGGUUUUUUUCGGAUUUGAUUAAUCUUAAAGUCGAAGUACCUUAGAUUAGAGAGAGCAUGCGUGGAUUCUAUUUAUGGUUUCCAGUCCAAUAUUGUGGUCGUAUGAUCAUUAUUUCCUAGAUCAUUUCUACGCGAGAUCGAAGCGAUUUUUUUUCACCCAUUCUGCAUUAACAGUGUCAGCGAUCGGCAAAUCCAAACAUAUCAGCAAUUAAGGUAUCUAGGUCGUCAAUGAUUGUACAAAGCUCUGGUACCAUUCUGUUAUCAAAGGGCAGGAACGGAGAAGAUGAAGCUUAUGACGUCACAAGUCACUUGCAUUAACCAAUGCUUGUCGACCGGUGAUUGAUGGCUCUUCAUCAGAUUAGUUGGAUUAACCCUUUACACCCUAACAUCAGUAUGCAUAUUCUCCAUACUGUUCUCUAUAGAUUCACUAAGGUGCUGACAAGGAGAAUUUGCUUUUACAUUUAAGAGAUUCUUUAGUUGGUGAUCAUUUCCUUUUUCCUUUUGACCUUAAUGAGUGAUCCAGGAGUGAUGUUGAAAGAAGAAACUAGCCGCUGGUCACUCUUAGACUUUAAGGAGUUAAAGAAGAUCCCAUGUAGUUUCGUAACUAUUCGUCUCAGCAUUGAGAUGAUUUAUGUACUCAGUGCUUCUCCAAAUUGAUUAAAAAGCUAAGCAAGUUAAUUAAAUCAUUUAAUUUGGGCAAAAAAGAAAAAAAUCUUACUGUUUUGACAGCUUAAAAUCUUUCAUCGUCAUUUUGUGCCUUAUGACGGAGUCGGAAACCGACACGAUGCACUGCAAAACGAAUUGCCCGUCUAAAAAAAUGUAAUGCUCCUUCUCUUUUGGUUAGGAUAGCUGUAAAAGUUCCAAUCAUACCAUGGAUAACUAGUCUGUAUAGUAAUGGACCGUCUAUAUAACCAGAGUGUUUCGUGUGCAAGAACAAUAAACUACUGUUA